AGUAAAAUAUAACCGUGCAGCUCUUGAAUAGAGUUUCUAGUGAACCAUCAAGCUUUGGAUAAAUGUCUUAUUCUUAAUUUAAUUUAUAAAUUUGGUUAGGUUUUUAGUUUUAUUCAGAGUGGUGGUGUUUAUAUGGUAUUCGGUAACUCAAAUUUGAACGGCCACCGUUUACGACACCUUUUUCGAAGCGACGGCAGGACAAGGAGGAGAGCCGUAAAGCGUUCUGUUUUGGACUGGAGGAGGUCAUUAGAAAGUGAGGAGUAAGUACGGGCCGGUUCUCGAGGCACAGAGACAUUCGGUACCAGCGUAUCUCUGAUGCCGGUGUAAGACAAAUACAUUAUUUAACAGCUCUGUGUAGUUUUUCAACCGCUGCGAAAUGCUUCGUCUGAUCUUGCGGCUCAGGCCGUCCGCCGGGCUCCGAUGUCCCCGUGCCCUCCCGACCGGGCCUGCUGCACUCGGCUCCCGCUCCGUGCCCGGAACCGGUUGUCUGAGGCGGCUUCACUGCGGAACGGGGUCCCGGACCGUGUGUUUGGGCUCCGGCUUCAGCCACAAAGGGACUCUGCUGCGGUGUCAGAGCAAGCGUUUCUACAGCCUGCCACCGCACCAGAAGGUGGAGCUUCCUGCACUGUCCCCCACCAUGCAGACAGGAACGAUCGCUCGCUGGGAGAAGAAGGAAGGAGAGAAAAUCUGCGAGGGCGAACUUAUAGCUGAGGUGGAGACUGACAAGGCCACUGUGGGUUUUGAGAUGCUGGAGGAGUGCUAUCUUGCAAAGAUCCUUGUUCCUGAAGGGACCCGAGAUGUCAGCAUUGGAGCAGUAAUCUGCAUCACGGUUGAUAGCCCUGAUCUCAUCCCAGCCUUUAAGGACGUAACAUUGGACUCAAUUAAAGCAGCUGGUGCUGGUCCUUCACCAGUUGCCUCAGCUCCUCCUCCUCCUCCUCCUGCUGCUGCAGCAGCCCCUGCAGCCCCGGGCAGCUCUUACCCCACACACAUGAAGAUCACACUUCCUGCCCUCUCUCCCACCAUGACGAUGGGAACAGUGCAGCGCUGGGAGAAGAAGGUGGGAGAGAAGUUGAGCGAAGGAGAUCUGCUGGCUGAGAUCGAGACUGAUAAGGCGACCAUCGGCUUUGAGGUGCAAGAGGAGGGAUAUUUGGCAAAAAUCAUGGUGGCAGAGGGAACUCGGGAUGUUCCCCUGGGAACGCCGCUCUGCAUCAUUGUAGAGAAAGAAAGUGACAUUGCUGCCUUCAAGGAUUAUGUAGAGACUGGAGUCGCAGAGGUUUCCACACCACCUCCAGCUCCAGCACCGGCUGCAGCUCCGGCUGCUGCAGCACCCAGUCCUGCUCCCGCAGCUGCACCCAGGAAGGGUCGUGUGUUUGCCAGCCCACUCGCCAAGAAACUCGCUGCUGAGAAAGGGAUUGAUCUGACACAGGUCAGCGGCUCUGGUCCGGAUGGACGCAUCACCAGGAAAGAUAUUGACAGCUUUGUUCCACCAAAGGCUGCACCUGCUGUAGCUGCUGCUCCCACUGCAGCCGCAGCUCCAGCUGCUCCUACACCUGCUGCAGCUCCUGCUGCACCAGCUGGGACCUUCACAGACAUCCCUAUCAGCAACAUCCGCAAGGUGAUCGCUCAGAGGUUGAUGCAAUCCAAGCAAACCAUCCCCCACUAUUAUCUGUCUGUAGAUGUCAACAUGGACCAAGUACUCGAGCUUCGGAAAGAGCUCAAUGCUGAAGUGAAAGCCCAGAAUAUUAAGCUUAGUGUUAAUGACUUCAUCAUCAAAGCCAGCGCUCUGGCCUGCCUCAAGGUUCCAGAGUGCAACUCCUCCUGGAUGGACACAGUUAUCCGCCAGAAUCAUGUGGUGGACCUGAGUGUAGCAGUGAGCACAGCCAGCGGCCUCAUCACGCCCAUAGUGUUUAAUGCCCACACCAAAGGACUGGCUGCCAUCAGCUCCGAUGUGUCGGCUCUUGCUGCCAAAGCGAGAGAAGGCAAACUACAGCCGCAUGAGUUCCAGGGUGGUACAUUCACAAUCUCUAAUUUGGGGAUGUUUGGCAUCAAGAACUUCUCAGCGAUCAUCAACCCUCCCCAGGCCUGUAUCCUCGCCGUCGGGGGCUCAGAGAAACGGUUGAUGCCUGCUGAUAAUGAGAAAGGGUUCGACGUAGCCAGCAUGAUGUCAGUGACGCUGAGCUGCGACCACCGGGUGGUGGACGGGGCAGUCGGCGCGCAGUGGCUCGCUGAGUUCCGCAAGUUCCUGGAGAAACCCAUCACCAUGCUGUUAUGAUUGGACUGUACUGCCAUUAAACUGCAGCAACAGGCCGAGGCCUCUCACUGAAGUGAUCUGACUGGUCUAAACCGGUCUUGAUCCUCCUGUGAUUGGCUGACCUGCCGCCAGGUCACUCCCAGUUACCCUGAAGGGGAAGAGGCAGAACUCACUCUGCUUACCUGUCUGUCUCGCUGUCUUUCCUGUCUAUCUUUCUCUCCUCUCGCUGAGUCUCACUCAUAUUCUAUUUAUUGAGGCCCCAUCUCAUGAAAGACCAGAAUUAGGUAUAAUUUAUCCUAGAAUAGAUACUGGCCACAUGUCGCUAAAACACUGAUAAUAUUUUACAAAGGGAAGUGUUACAUGUCCAACCAGCGAGAAUAUUUAUCCCAAAACUUACGUGUGUGUGUUUCUACACACUUUCAUCUGUGAUUUUGUGUGAAUGUGAUAAAGACAACAGGAAGUGCAGCUUUUUGUGGGUUUAAGGGUUAAAGGGUUGUCACAGAGUCCAGAUCUAUGCUCACACAAACCUGUCCCUGUUCAGUGGCCACACACACACACACAAUUGAAAUAUUGAGUGUGUUUUCUGUGCGUUGAUGCUACAGUGUGUAUAUUCUUCACUGUGGGAUGAACACAGUACUGUGUGUAUAUAUAUAUAUAUAUAUGGUGGUGUGCUCUGAUGAGGCCUCACCAUAUAAUGAAAAUUCGUGUACAGACCUGAAUGAUAACACUCUUAAAAGAAAUACUGAACGGUUUUGCCAAUUCUCUCAUAAGUGGGGAUGUUUUAUUUUCUAGUCUCAGCGUAAAACACUUACCUUUGAAUUGUUCUGUAUUACACAGCUGGAACGCACAAAGCGCGAUGUUAUUUGUUGUUUGAAUAAAUUAGAAGUCAACCUUG